CAGCCCUCAGCUCAUCAGUCCACCUGUAUUGUAUGUACCUCUAAACCACCACCAAAUUCAUAAUCGUCCUCCCCCAGGCCCCAGCCCCAAGGAGAGAAGAAACUCUCGCUCCGUCGCCGGCUUCAUUUUAUAUUGAGCGACUAGUAUUGAUAGUUACAAUUCGCAAUCCGCAUUUUGCUCUCGUCUUUGACCCCCCAAGUCUCUAUUUAUUGACUCGAAACUUUAGAUCCUGAUCAAAUAUAUAUAUUAAAAAAAAAGAGCUAAAGGAAAGCGAAAAUGGCAGAGAAGUCAUUCAAGUACGUGAUCCUAGGAGGCGGCGUUUCUGCUGGGUAUGCUGCCAGGGAAUUCGCAAAACAGGGAGUUAAACCUGGUGAACUGGCAAUCAUUUCAAAAGAGGCGGUGGCUCCCUAUGAGCGCCCUGCACUAAGCAAAGCAUACCUUUUUCCUGAGGGAACUGCUAGACUCCCAGGUUUUCAUGUUUGUGUUGGCAGUGGAGGGGAGAGACUGCUGCCUGAGUGGUACCCGGAGAAAGGGAUAUCAUUGAUCCUGAGCACAGAAAUAGUAAAAGCGGACCUUCCUUCAAAGACACUCAUUAGUGCAGCUGGGGAAACAUUUAAGUAUGAAACGCUUAUCAUUGCAACUGGUUCAACAGUGAUAAAGUUGUCCGACUUUGGUGUCCAAGGGGCUGAUGCCAAAAAUAUUUUAUACUUGAGAGAAAUUGAUGAUGCUGAUAAGCUUGUAGAAGCAAUAAAGGAAAAGAAAAAUGGCAAGGCUGUGAUUGUCGGAGGAGGAUACAUUGGUCUUGAGCUUAGUGCAGCACUGAGAAUCAACAACAUUGAUGUCAGUAUGGUUUACCCAGAGCCCUGGUGCAUGCCCAGGCUUUUUACAUCCGAUAUAGCUGCCUUCUAUGAGGGUUAUUAUGCGAAGAAGGGAGUCAAAAUCAUCAAGGGUACUGUAGCUGUUGGAUUUGAUGCACAUGAAAAUGGGGAGGUUAAAGCAGUGAAGCUGAAGGAUGGUAGGGUUCUGGAAGCUGACAUAGUUGUUGUUGGUGUGGGAGGAAGACCACUGAUAACUCUGUUUAAAGGACAAGUUGAAGAGGAGAAAGGUGGAAUUAAGGCUGAUGGAUUCUUCAAAACAAGCGUACCUGAUGUAUAUGCUGUGGGUGAUGUUGCUACUUUCCCUCUGAAACUUUACAAUGAGAUCAGGAGAGUUGAGCAUGUUGAUCAUGCUCGCAAAUCUGCUGAACAGGCUGUGAAGGCAAUUUUUGCAAGAGAACAAGGGAAGUCUAUUGAUGAGUACGACUAUCUCCCAUACUUCUAUUCUCGUGCCUUUGAUUUGUCAUGGCAAUUCUAUGGUGACAAUGUUGGAGACACAGUGCUGUUCGGAGACAGCAGUCCAGAUUCUUCUACUCACAAAUUUGGAUCAUAUUGGAUCAAAGAUGGGAAGGUCGUUGGUGCAUUCCUGGAGAGUGGCACCCCUGAAGAAAACAAGGCAAUUGCCAAAGUUGCAAGGGUGCAGCCCCCAGUCGACAACUUGGAUGAGUUGGCAAAGGAGGGUCUCACUUUUGCAAGUAAGAUUUGAAGGUCUUAUUACGUAUGAUCGGGGGCUUCUACAGGGUAAUUCUAUACAUGGUCUCCGUAGUUUUUCUUAUGAGCUGACGACGUCCCCUGCAGUCGAUGGUCGGCUUUUGCCCAGUGUAAAGUUGGAUAUUACGGAUCCAAUUGUGCUUACAACUUGUUUCCCUUUCUCUGGAAGGAUUUAUAUGUAAACUACGAGCUUUUAAAGUCAUUGACCAGGUCUCUUUGUUUGUGUGAUGUAUUUUCUGUUACUGAAUAUUCUCCGGUGAAUGAAAUAACGAGCUGAGAAUUUAGGGCACGACCUCUUUA